GUGAGAGUGAAACAGAGAGAGAGAGAGAGAGAGAGAGAGAGAGAGAGAGAGAGAGCGAGCAAGACAGACAGACAGAGGUCGCUCACAUGUACUUCUCAACUUCAGAGCUAUCAGUUAUAAAAUGAGUACCAAACAAUUGAUGACUGAUUUGUAAAGCUCUGCACUUCUGCUGAACUUCAGAUUCAAAGUUUUGGCUCGAAGGAUAAUAUUAUAGCUCAAGAUAUUUACCUGAACUCAUGGGUCCAAAGAAAUGCUACUAAGAAGAGGACACUGCAGCUGGGGCCUUGCCUGAAUGUGUUCAAGCAUAAACAGCACUCUUCCCUUUAAUUUCACUUGUGAGGGACCAGUAAACUCUAACAGACUUCAUGGGGGAGUGUCGAUGUCUAGCACUCACAGAUUCAGUGCGAGUGGCAGGGUCUGGGCCAAUUAUCCUCCUCAACAAUCAGAGAUGGACUGGACCUGGCAGGAACUAAUGACAAUCACAGAAUUGCAGGAAUUUGAAGUCCCCAAUGAGAAUCCAUUCGAGGCUGGUACAUAUCUCUCCACGGAGCCAGUGGUGCAUUAUGGGAGUUGCGGAAUGAACCUGGCAGAACCUAACCCACCCACCUGUCAGGCAAGCCCUGCUGCUGCUUUUGAAGCCGGGUAUGCUGAUGCAAUAUCCCCAUACCAACGCUUGAACCCAAACAUGGAGAUGCACUAUGGACACGGUGGGUGCCAGGCUACCAGAUUACCACCAAAUGCACCACCUCUUCAACGACCACUCAUGAGCCUCUUCGAUCCCAUGAACAUGACAAACACCAAUCAGGGACAGGGGAAAAACUGCAACGGACACCCAGAUGAUCUCGAGUCAGACUCUGGUCUUUCUUUAGGCUCAAGCCCACCACUUGCCUCACCUGAGAACGAAGUCCAUGGGACACUCACUCACUUACCCCGAGACAGCUAUACUGAUUGUGACGUAGACUGUGCUGGAAACCCAUGUCACAUGAGACCAAACCUAAAUGCUCCUGUGGAUUAUUCACACACGUUUGCCUCCUACUCUGGACAUUCCUACUUUCCAAUUACCCCAAACCCACAACAUUCUCUUCAGCAUAUGUCUCAUUCACAUCAGCACAUAACAGCCACAAAAGAGCAGCUUUUUCCUGCGACUCUGCAUGAUCCUUAUGUAAGCCACUCAAGCACACCAAGAGCAGUCUCUUUCCAGUCACCGAACCCCAAAACGAAAGAGGUCUCCGGCCCUCUCUCAAGAGACGAGCGGAGAGCAGUUGCUCUCCAAAUCCCUUUUCCGCUCGAAAAGAUAGUCAAUCUGCCCGUAGAUGACUUCAACGAGCUCCUGAGCAGACAUGCACUAAGCGAUGCCCAGCUCACACUUGUGCGCGACAUCCGCCGCCGCGGCAAGAAUAAGGUAGCGGCUCAGAACUGCCGGAAGAGGAAGCUGGAAAACAUUGUGCAUCUGGAGCAUGAGCUGGGUCAGCUGAGGGCCCGCAGAGAACAUCUAGCACGAGAGAGGCUAGAGUUCCAACAGAAUCUCACCAUGCUGAAGUGUCGUCUCUCGGAGCUUUACGCUACAGUAUUCUCCCAGUUACGGGAUGAGGAAGGACACCCAUAUUCUUUGGAGGAUUAUUCACUCCAACAAAGUAAUGAUGGUAACCUUUACCUAAUGCAGCGAGACAACUCAUUUGAUGGGGAAUAAAUGAGGGUCUUUCAAUUAAGUACAUGGUUAAAGGUUUGAUGUCUCAAAAAAAAUUAGACAUGCUAUAAAAAUUAUGGGUCUUUGAUGUAGCAAACUCAAAAUCAUCCUCAGGGCCACAGCCAAAGACUACACAGCAUGCUGGCUACUUUCCUUAGCAAAAUUAAAGUGGUCCAAACUCUCAUGAUACUAUGUACAUAUAAUUAAGCAUUAACUCACAGGAAUUAUGUGUUUCACCACUUUAAAAGCUUUAUUUACAUAGUAAAAAAACAACAACAUUUAAUUACACAGUAAAAAAGUUCAUUCCGACAUCAUCCCUUUGGUCCUAAAACAAAGGAAACAGAAAAGACAAUAAAACAUUAGUACGAAAUUAAUUACAUUAAGCAUCACAAAAGAGGAAGACAUAUUUACCUUCACAGUGCCUGAAGAAAACAGGCAAAUCAUCCAUUUCAGGAUCAGAAAUGCUUUGCAUCAAAUUCCUAGAAGGCAGAGCAAAAAAUUUGCUAGUCAAUACACAGACAAGAACACUGCAUGCAUUAACCUUAAGGGACAGAAUCCAGUUAAAGACUGUUAAGCAAUGUACAUUUGUACCAGUUCGUUCUACUCUCUAGUUACUUUCCUGAUUUUUUUUUUU